GGCCGUGUUCACAGCUGUGUUGCUGAGCGCUCGCUUGCUUGACCUGACCUGGCUUUGCCUUAAUUUCCCUUUCCUUACCUUUUUCUCAUUAGACAUUCGUAAUCGGUGUGCUGGCCUGCUCCUCCAUGAGGUAUUUUUCACCGGGUUCAAUCGUAGCGGGGUCGCUAUCCCCGGAUCGCCCAUCGACGGGAUCUAGAUCUUGCCUCCACAGAUGCACGGCGCACAUGGCACGGCACUUCACACAGACCAUCGUGAGGUCGAACCUCAAGCUUACCCGGUCAACUCCACCAGCAAGGCUACAUACAUAGUGCACAAAACCACAUUCCAAUGUGUCAUGAGAGAACAAAAGGUAGCUACGAGCUUUCAUUGUCUAGUACAGGUUUCCAUACAGAAUUCCGCAACAAAAAGUCAAAUUCCUUUACCGAGUGAGUCUCAAGCAAAAUCGUCGGUGUGCUGCUCAAAAGCAGUCGUCGUUUCCUAUCUGGAAACUCCUCCCAACCCUUUUACCUCCAGCCUAUGCCCAUGGAGACCCAGUCAUCAUGAAGUGUGCUUUCCGCCAGUCUAUGGAAACAAAAGAAACGGCGUUUGUGUGAAAACGAACCAGAUGGCUGCCCACCCCUUUGGUAUCUUCCUGCCCUUGUCCCGGUGCAGCCUGCAGUAUUAAAGGUGUAUUUAUUUACCAUCCCCAACCUUGCCAUGCGAGAACUUUUCGUAUCUGAUAAAAAGAGGGAAUGAACGCGUCAAGGG